AACACUUGGCGAACACGCUGUUUGAAUAGACUACGCUAGACGAGCGAGGGAUUUUAUUGAAAAAGUGCAUAAUUCAGCCGUGAUCUGUUGUGUCAUGGCUCAGAUAAUGGAAGAUGAAAUCGAGGACAUGGAGGAAGAUAACUUGGAUGAAGAAGAAGAUGGUGAUGAUGUUGAUGACGAAGAUGAAGGCGAUGACACAGAGAUAUUGGAAGAGACUAUUAAACCUAAGGGAAGAAGAAAACCACGAUCUGUUCUCACAGGGCGGGGUGUCACUCUUGGCAUGUUGCUUGAUGAUGGAGUGAUGGAACCUGGGGAAAAAUGCCUUUCUAUUGAUUACUUGGGCCAGAAGUUUGUGGCUGAUCUCCAACCUGAUGGUAGAAUCAGAUGGCCAGAGGCUGAUCAAGUGUUCAACUCGCCCUCUGCUUGGGCAAUCUACUGUAAGAGGCUGGUGAAUCCUUCCAAGAAAUCUGGCUGUGGAUGGGCAUCAGUAAAAUACAAAGGUAAAAAGCUGGAUCAGUUCAAGACAACAUGGUUUAGGAAGCAAAACUCAGGUGUAUCAUCAAGCCAUGGUGAUACACCAACCACUUCUCAAAAAAUGUCAUCAGCUCAUACCACCCAAUCGACAACUUCCUCAUCACAAAAGACACCAUCUGGCAAACCAUCUGGUAGUCAUAGUGAUGUGCACAGUUUCACAUCACCCUCAUCCUUGUCUACGUCAUCAUCAUCAUCAACAAUCACAUCAGCUUCUGUUCCAAAACCCUCCACACAAAGAGAACCUGGAUCGUCUUCAAUCAAGUCUGGGUCAGCUGGUACAAAAUCCCUCUAUAAACCGCCAUAUACACAGACCACACCCUCAGGGAGAGGAAGGAAGCCAAACAUUGGGUAUAUCCAUCCACCUCCUGCCAAAUCACCAUCAGUCUUCACACCAACUGCAGUCACACCAACGUCUUCAUCAAAGUCAGUAACAUCAAGUUCUCUUCGAAGCCCUGUGGACAUUCCCAGUCCACUGUCCUCCCCACCAGGCUCUGCAGGUAGGAAACGAUCAGCUGUUAGAACUCGGCAAUCAAGCAAGCACACGAUGGUGACUUCUGAAAGUGAUCCACACACUUUGGUUGAACUUGUGAACUUCAGUGCCACUGGAAAAAUGCAGCCAUUCUCUGUGGAUAUUUCGACAAACUGCCUUUUACUUAUGGAUUAUCAUUGUCAUCUCACAACCAGUGAAGUUGUGGGAUAUUUAGCGGGGCAGUUUGACCCACAAACACACCACAUGAAGGUUGUGCAGGCUUUCCCCUGUCGCUGUCGAUUUGCUGACAAGGAAAAUGCACUCAAAGUUGAGGAAGAGGUUAGGAAUGCAAUUGCACAGCGAGGACUUUUUCUGGUGGGUUGGUACCAUAGUCAUCCAUCCUAUCAGCCUGAUCCAUCGCUCCAGGAUAUUCAGAAUCAGUUGAAUUAUCAGAGCAUCCUACAGCAGGAGAACGCACCAUAUGGAGCUUGCUUGGGUAUCAUAGUGUCCCCCUAUGACACCUACAGAACUACAAAGGAAUCAGUUAUACGGGCUUUUUGGGUUCAAACAUCAAUGGAAGGUCAAACUCAAAAACUUGGUGUACCAAUGCUAAUUAAUACCACCCUGCAUCAAGAUCAGUUUCUCACACAAGAUCUUCUCAAUGAACUGAGAUGGAUGUGGAGUUUUUACAAGGGAGGCCCUGAUGCAAUAAACUUCAACAACUUUUGGCAUGGAUCCCAAACCUACCUUGACAAAGUGAAGUCUUCCCUGAUAAAGAAAUUCCCAACAGACCAAACAGAUGGAAGAUUUUUAGAAUUCAUCAACACACUUCUAACCUAGAGAAGUGUUAAAAAAGUGUAUUUCAGAGGUUAUUUUCACGCGGUCAUUCAGUCUAUAGGUGCAUGUUCUCAUAAUUUUUACUGUAUUAAAUUGUUUCAACACAGUAGUGUUUUUCUAGUGGUGAUGUUGCCUCAACCCCUUAGCCCCUAAGAGUGACUAGUAUCUAAGUUCUCCUUACAAUAUCACCCCUGAAUCAUGCAGUAUGGUCAUGAGAAUAAAGAAAAUUAUCAGCAGCUAGAGGAGCUGUUGAUUGUUACACAAAUUCUCCUUGUCAGCACCUUGGAGAAUGUAUGGAGAAGAGUGCGAAGAAUGUCUAUACUGAUGUUAGGUUGUAAAGGGUUAACUCAAGUACUGUACUAUGAUUAAAAAAAGAAUUUUUGAACUGUU